UAUAAGUAACCAUUUGGAAACAGAGCAGUGGCAUUCUGAGGAAGAAGAAGAAGAAGAAGAAGCAAUGGACAGAGAGCAAGAAGAGAUGCAAUUUCUCGGGUUCGCCGGGAUCUACAAGGAGUCCUUCAAGAUCAUCUCUUCAUGGAAGAAGCUCUUCGCCCAAAUCUCAGUUUUCCUGAUCCUCCCCCUCUCCUUCAUCUACCUAGCCCACUCAUGGAUGACUCAGACCCUCUCCUACCGCAUCCUCAGUGACUCGGUUGACCGCACCGACACCUUGAAGGAUUCUAAAGAAUACUCCAAGCUCUCCCGCUCGAUCAACUCUGCCUGGCUUUCCCUUGGCCUCUUCAAAGCCGGCUACUUCACCUUCGUCCUCGUCCUCUCCCUCCUCUCGACCUCUGCCGUGGUCUACGCGAUCGCCUGCAUCUACACUGGGAAAGACGUCACUUUCAGGAAGGUCAUGCCCGUUGUGCCGAGAGUUUGGAAGAGACUCGUGGUCACUUUCUUAUGGAGCUUCGCAGUUUUCUUUGUCUAUAAUGUUUUCUUCGGCGGGCUCCUCGUAGCCUGUCUUCUCUUCGCCAGCCUCUACACCUACAGGCCGGUCGAUCGGAUCGCUGUCGUGGUUGGAGUCUUCAUAUUAUACAUAGUCGGUUUCAUCUACAUGUCAAUGAUAUGGCAGUUGGCGAGCGUGGUCUCCGUCCUGGAGGACGUCUAUGGAAGGAAAGCAAUGGUGAAGAGCAAAGCCCUGAUAAAGGGCAAGAUGGGGAUCUCGGUGGGCUGCUUCGCUGGCCUCGUCUUGCUCUUCACGGUGGUGCAGGUGGCGUUUGAGUUCCUUGUGGUCAUUGACGACCUUGUGCGGGGACUCAGGAACAGGAUCUUGAUUGGGCUCCUAUGCGUGGUGCUCCUCCUUGGGGUCGGGCUCCUCGGGCUCGUCGUGCAAACUGUGCUCUACUUUGUGUGCAAGUCGUUCCACCACGAGAACAUUGAUAAGCCGUCCCUGGUGGAUCACCUUGAGGUCUACCGUGGAGACUAUGUUCCUCUCAGGGCCCAAAAUAUCCAGCUAGAGCAUAUCCAUGUAUGACUCUAAUUGGAUUACCUCUCUUGGCUAAUUUAUACGUAUUAUAUAUCUAGCGAGAGAUAACAUGAUAUUAUUGUUCUGUGCGGAUGUUGUGGGGACGGUUGAAAGGAUUGAUGAGAAUGGAGAUGUGAAAUUUAUCUUGAUAUAUGCCGAUGAUUAAAACUUUUUUCUUUCGGGUGAGAUCAAAAUGUAUGGUCACUCAAUCAUUAGCUGAGAUUAAUAUCUACUCUGCGUUCAUUUUGAAUUUACUCAUAGUAAAGUGGACACCACUCUUUCCACUUGA